AUGCCGUCGGGGUCGACAGUCUACUGGAGCUGUGACACAACUCAUUCCUGGCCCGACUACCUGGAUGUUCCUGCAAUUAUACUAUCUUUCUUCAGCCUCGCCGCCAACCUCGCCGUGACUGUCCUUCUUUUUCGUCUUUGCGCAAAAACGAUCACAGAUCUCGCUCUGCUGCGACUUCUUUCAAUUAGCUGUCUCAUCUCCUCCUUUAUUUCCCUUGUCGACGAUGUCAUUACCUAUGACACAAUGACUGGCAAUCGCUUCUUUGACAGUCUGAUCUGCUUACUCUGGAACAGUCGUUUCAUCUACUGGUUAUUCCUGACUCUCGUCGUCCAGAGUCUUGUCUUCUUCGUUUGCAAUCGGGCUAUAAAUCUGCUCCACCCCGAUCACCGUCGCAUCACUACGGAGAAUCAGCUUCUGACUGUGUAUAUGCUCACUGUCGUGGGUUCCAGUCUUCUUAUCAUGGCGCCACAACUACUGAUGACGCGCUUGGACAGGGAGGACUGCGCUUGCGCGCCGGCUCCCGAAAAUAUCCCUCUACUAUCUGUGGUUUUCGCUCACGCCUACCUCUGGUUCCUCUUUCUCGCCAUAAUCUAUCCCGCAGUUCUAGUCUACAUCUGCAUCACCAUGCUUCUGCGGGUUUUGAGAGGAAAUAGGGAACCACUGGUGGACGAUCUUGACGCAAUUUACUUCCCGAAUUGCUACUCAUCCUCCGCCACGGAUGUUAGCUCAGUGUCCUCUACAGUUGCUCUCCAACUCUCUGUUCUCUCCGAUGAGCAGGGAACAAAUGAUGAUGAUGAUGAGGUGUCGCAGGUAACCUGGUCGGCCUCCUUCUGUAUCAUUCCCCUGACCGCUGCUUACAUCGCAACCUUCACCUACGAUGCGACCUAUCAGUUUCUGAGUGCGGCUGGUAAACUUUCUUACGUGCUGCGCAGUCCAGCGCAGCAGUUCAGUGAGGUGCUGCUGAUCCUUUUCACAGCCCUGGUGCCCAUGAUCCUCUUUUUUCACAUCCCCGCGAUGCGAUCACUGAUCUUCGUGGCAAUUGCGUCUCUACGAAAGCGGUGUAGCAAUGGGCAGAAGGCGGGAAUUGGGGAAUCAUACGUUUUGCAAGUAAAACCAGAGCAGGGGACAGAACCGGAGCGGUUGAGAGAGUGA